CCCCCCCCCCCCCCCCCCGCGCGGCCCCGGGCACAUCCGGGCCCCGCGGCACAUCCGGGCCGCGCUCGCCAUGGUCAUGGCGGAGGGCACGGCCGUGCUGCGGCGGAACCGCCCGGGCACCAAGGCGCAGGAUUUCUAUAACUGGCCUGAUGAAUCCUUUGAAGAAAUGGAUAGUACAUUAGCUGUUCAGCAGUACAUUCAACAAAACAUAAGGGCAGACUGUUCCAACAUUGAUAAGAUCCUUGAACCUCCUGAAGGCCAGGAUGAAGGUGUAUGGAAGUAUGAACAUUUAAGACAAUUCUGCCUUGAGCUCAAUGGAUUAGCUGUCAAGCUUCAGAGUGAAUGUCACCCUGACACAUGUACUCAGAUGACAGCAACUGAACAAUGGAUUUUUCUUUGUGCAGCUCAUAAAACUCCCAAAGAGUGUCCUGCUAUAGACUACACCAGGCACACACUUGAUGGAGCUGCAUGUCUUCUGAAUAGCAAUAAAUAUUUCCCCAGCAGGGUUAGCAUAAAGGAAUCCUCUGUAGCCAAAUUAGGAUCAGUGUGCCGAAGGAUUUACAGAAUAUUUUCACACGCUUAUUUUCAUCACCGGCAGAUAUUUGAUGAAUAUGAAAAUGAAACUUUCUUGUGUCACCGGUUCACUAAGUUUGUGAUGAAGUAUAAUCUGAUGUCCAAGGAUAACCUGAUUGUACCGAUUUUGGAAGAAGAAGUGCAAAAUUCAGUGUCAGGGGAAAGUGAGGCAUGAUGGGGCCGGCAGUACAGAAGCCUGUACUGAAUAAAAACAAAACAUUAAUGACGUACUGUAUAUAUCAUUUUAGACACUUCAAUCACCUAUCUUCAUAGCUUUGUUUAGUACACUUUUUGUAUGCUGUGUGCAUUGCCUUUUAAUAUGGGAAAUACUUUUAAGUUAUUCAUGAGCUGUAUAUUCACCAAUGUGGCACUCAUGGUUUUUAAAUAAAAGUAGUAGUAUCUGUUUAUAAUGCCUGUUAAUAAAAGAAUUUACAGUUCUCUAAAACUGCUGCUAAACAAUCAUUGAAUCACAAUCCUGAAGAGGUGUCUGAUUGGGUGGGAAAAACAGUGAGAUGAAGAUUUCACACCAAGCCAUUUUGUAAUGCAGUACCUAUACUAAGUCUUAGUUCAAAGAUUAUCACCUUAAAUAUAUAAUUCUGCAGGGGUCUCCUUGCAAUGUAGCUUACUCCUAAUUUACCUUUUAUUUUUUUAAGAUGGCUUUGUAGAUUUACUUCUGGAUGUGCAUAUUGCUGUAUGUGUAUAUCCAAAUGCUAAUAGGAUCUAUAGUAUUAACCCAAAGGACAAUUUCACUAUGCUAUUGAACAUAUAUAUUCUUGAUAUAUAUCUAACACACUUUCUGGACUUGUUUUUUUGUUAACAGUGGAGGUUUGUGUACAGCAGGGGACAGGUGCUGUCCUGUUAAGGCAGACCUGACUUCUCCAGUGCACAACCUCUCUACAGAAUACCUGUGCAUAGUGGUGGCAACUGCUUACAGAUUAUACCUCAACUACUCAUGUUACACUACAUAACACACUAGCAUGGUCUCUGCUUGUAUUCCUAGAACAAACAUUAAGUACCUGAAAUAAUGAAUGCCCUUCUUUGCAAGAGCUAAUCGUGUUUUCAACAUACAUUUGUUUCUCUUCAUUCCACCUGAAUUAUUCUGACAGAAAGAUUUGGAUUCAUGCUUCUGUUCCCUAUCAGAUGUUUAUUUGAAGCUGUGUUUGCAGAUUUGCAAUAACUGACAAUUUCCAUGAGUGCUGCUUAACUGUGUUAUGUCUAGAAUGAUAGAACUAAAUGUUUUAGAGAUGCAUAUAACAGAAAUACUGCUAAGUGUACAUGAAUGCAGGGUCUAAAAGCAGUAGCAGUGUUCUUAUAUUAAAUGAAUUUUGCAUAGCUGUUUAAGAAGUUAGCUGGUUGUUUCUCUUUGAGGUUGCCAGGAGCCCUCUUUAUUUCUUUCAGCAGGUCAGAACGGGCUAGGCUCAGCUGGUUUCAAUAAUUUACACUUUGUUUUCUACAUUAUAUUUACAUGGAAAGAAGGGAGUCCACCUAUUUUUAUUGUCUUUUUUCAUACUAUACUAAACAUGCCUUAAAUUCUAUGUUUCUUUAUAUGAAUCAAGCACACCUCACCUGGAUGUAAAGGGAAUUUAAACAACAAGAAAACAGACUAAGCUUAAGUACUUCAACAGCUGUAUUCUUCAGCAGCUCUUUUUGUCUCAUGUUUAUCAUUGUAAUUGCAGGGUAAUUGCAUGAGAUGUCGUCUGAGUGAAAGUAGCUUUAGUUGCUGUCUAUACACUUAGCUGUAACUGGCCUUGUAUAGACUGGGUUAACCUGAUUUUGACAGAUACCUUGAAGUUUGUACUGCAGGUAGGAGAACUGCAUUCUGGAGGCAGCAAAAUGUAUUUAGCCUUGUUACAGUCGGCUCUAGGACCAUCCAUGGUGUGGUUCCUCUGUCCACUCACUCUGCACGUGUACAGUGGCUACAGUGACUGAGACAGGCAAAAACAUCUAACUGGUGUUGCUAAUUACAUUUCCUCUACAAAAUUGAAGAAAAUGAUGUGGUGCUCAGGACUGCAUUAAAAUUUUAAACCUCUUCCUCUUACGCUUUAAGAGUUUCACUUCAAAGUAAGACUCGGGAAGUUUUAAUCCUGUUUAUUCUCAUUCAGAUUUGCACUGUAAAGCUGACUUGCUAUACUAAGCUGAUUUUAUAUAUAAGGCCUAAGUGAGACACUGCUUGUAUUUUCCCUUGCUAUUGUUUACAUGAGUACUGUGUACACACAUGUGCCUGGAUGGUACCAUAAAACUUCAGUUAGCCUAAGCAAACCAUUGAUUUGUCUAAUAAAUAUUAACACAUUUAAUUUAGACUCUACGUAAUAGGGAAACUGAGACUGUCUUUGAACUAUAUUGUAAAAAAAAGGAUGAAAUUAAACUUGUUUCUUUAUCCAUACUACGA